GCCUGCCUUAGCAAUCAACCCAAACAAACACAUUCUCUGCAAAUACACAUUCUUUCAUUUGAUAAUACAACAAUGGCUGCCUCUUCAAUGGCUCUAUCUUCCCCAUCCUUCGCCGGACAGGCAGUCAAGUCCACCCCCGAAUUCACCGGCAACGGUAGAGUCUCAAUGAGAAAGACCGCCGCCAAGCCCAAGCCCGCCUCUUCCGGAAGCCCAUGGUACGGCCCGGACCGUGUAAAGUACUUAGGCCCAUUCUCCGGGGAGGCACCGAGCUACUUGACCGGCGAAUUCCCCGGUGACUACGGCUGGGACACCGCCGGACUUUCGGCUGACCCCGAAACAUUCGCCAAGAACCGUGAGCUUGAAGUGAUCCACUCCAGGUGGGCCAUGCUUGGUGCUCUUGGUUGCGUUUUCCCCGAGCUAUUGGCUCGCAAUGGUGUCAAGUUCGGUGAAGCAGUUUGGUUCAAGGCCGGAUCACAAAUCUUCAGCGAAGGUGGGCUCGAUUAUUUGGGCAAUCCAAGCUUGGUCCAUGCUCAGAGCAUAUUGGCCAUCUGGGGAGUUCAAGUUGUAUUGAUGGGAGCUAUUGAGGGCUACAGAAUUGCCGGUGGGCCCCUCGGUGAGGUGGUCGACCCACUUUACCCGGGCGCUAGCUUCGAUCCACUGGGUCUUGCUGAGGAUCCGGAAGCUUUUGCGGAGCUCAAGGUAAAGGAGCUCAAGAACGGGAGACUCGCAAUGUUCUCAAUGUUCGGAUUCUUCGUUCAGGCCAUCGUUACCGGAAAGGGACCAUUGGAAAACCUUGCCGACCACCUAGCCGAUCCAGUUAACAACAACGCAUGGGCCUUCGCGACAAACUUCGUACCUGGAAAGUGAAGUUGACACAGAGAUGAGUGUAAUGAAUUAAUUGGGAUUGAUCAAGAAUGAUGUAAAGUUAUUGUGAAUUAUUUGAAUAUUAUAUAUAAUGCCUAGUUUUAUGGGCUUCAACAGAAUGUAAAUGUUGCUUUUUCCGUCUCU